UGCGCCGGGCCGCUGUAUCCCUGCGCCGCGUCUCUUCUUCCGCCACCACCCGCCGAACCGGGCGGGGAUGAGGGGGGGGGGGGCGCCGCAGGUCUCGCGAUCAUUCCUUCAGCUUCUCGCAUUGUUUUGUUUUUAUUUAUUUAUCUUUUUGCCUAACGACUGACUACAGGCGGCUUGUUGCACUUAGGGAUCCUUGAAGUGGCCGGGCCUGAGAGUGAGACCCCAGUCCUAGGCUGGGGUUCUUUCCAAAUAGAGGAAACGGAUCCAGAGGGGCUACAGACCAAAAUUGUUGAGAACCAGACAUACGAUGAGCGUCUAGAGAUUAACGACUCGGAAGAGGUUGCCAGUAUUAGCACUCCAACCCCAGGACAUCAAGGGUUUCUCUAUGUAGUCCUGGCUGCCUGUAAUUCACUCUAGACAAGGCUAGUCUUCAACUCAAGAGAUCUGCCUGCCUCUGCCUUCCCAUUGCUGAGAAUAAAGGCCCUCCUUUUUCUGCUGCUCUUCCCAACAAGACGAUGGCUGAUAACAGCAGUGAUGAGUACGAGGAGGACAACAAGGAGAAGAAGAAGCCCUCCCAGCUGACACCACAACAGGGCUUCAGUGAGAAUGAUGAUGAUGACGACGAUGACUCCUCUGAGACCGACUCCGAUGACGACGAUGACGACGAGGAGCAUGGAGCACCUCUGGAAGGGGCUUAUGAUCCUGCAGACUAUGAGCAUCUGCCAGUCUCAGCUGAGAUCAAGGAACUCUUUGAGUACAUCAGCCGGUACACACCUCAGUUGAUUGAUCUGGACCACAAACUGAAACCUUUCAUUCCUGAUUUCAUCCCAGCUGUUGGGGAUAUCGAUGCAUUCUUAAAGGUGCCGCGUCCUGACGGAAAGCCUGACCACCUUGGCCUCUUGGUGUUAGAUGAACCAUCUACAAAGCAGUCAGACCCUACUGUGCUUUCGCUGUGGCUCACAGAGAAUUCCAAGCAGCACAACGUUACGCAACAUAUGAAAGUAAAGAGCCUGGAGGAUGCAGAAAAGAAUCCCAAAGCUAUCGACACCUGGAUUGAGAGCAUCUCUGAGUUACACCGUUCCAAGCCCCCUGCGACUGUGCACUACACCAGGCCCAUGCCUGACAUUGACACUCUGAUGCAGGAGUGGUCCCCGGAGUUUGAAGAGCUCCUGGGAAAGGUGAGUCUGCCCACUGUUGAGAUCGAUUGCAGCCUGGCUGAGUACAUUGACAUGAUCUGUGCUAUCCUGGACAUUCCUUUCUACAAGAGCCGGAUUCAGUCCCUCCACCUGCUCUUUUCCCUCUAUUCAGAGUUCAAGAACUCCCAGCAUUUUAAAGCUCUUGCUGAAGGCAAAAAAGCAUUCACCCCUCCAUCCAACUCUGCCUCCCAGGCUGGGGAUGCGGAGACACUGACUUUCAUCUGAGCCUCCUCCUGGGGCUGUGCUUCAAAGUCAGAUGAAGACAUGGUCUCUGUUGGCAGCUUAACAUCCCCCUGUUCCACAGCUGGGCCCUGGCAACAUGAGUCCUGCUGCCUUGUCCUGGAGCAGGGCGCACCUGGGUUAUAACCUGUCUCCCAUUCCCUUUCCCAAGGAAGCAUGUAUCCACAGUGCUGUGGGCCUCUGAGUUGGAAGAACUGGAACUCAGAGCCCCAGCACACAGGCUGCGGGAGGAGCUUCCAAAGACACACAGACUCUUCUGUCCGAUUGUGAUGAAUACAUACUGGUUUUUGCCCAUGG